GUUAUCUUCCUCUGUUUUCCUCUCUUUGCUGCAGCAUAUUGACUCUUUCCUAAAAUCAAGAAAUAAAGUCAAGAGGAUAAUAUAGUUUCUUGUUGGAAUUGGUACAGGCUACCAAGUAAUUAGUGCAAUGCUUACAAGUUUGAACACAUAAUCAUCUCAAAAAACAGUGAGAUCCUCGCUCGUCUUUCUAAAUAUCUUCUGCAACAUGUGAAAUUAUUUAUUAGACUCUCUCUUGCACAGCAUAUAUAAGCCUUCGAAUUCUAGUUAUAAUUGCAGAGUAUAGAUAGAAAAGAAAUGGCGGAGAAAGCGAGAGCAACAGCAUCUAAUUCUUCUAGUAGACAAAAUGAGCGGAGAUCGAUUGGGGUGUUCGAGCCGGCAGAGAGUAAGAAGAGUAUUAGUAGUGAGACAGUGGAGGAUCAUCGGGGUAGCACUUCCUUGUUGGGGUCUAGUAGUAGUAGUAGUAGUAGAGAGGCAGCAGUGAAAAUAAACAAGUGGAUGGCAUUCGAGCCCCACAAUUCUAAAGGGAAAGAUAAUAAUAAUAAUAUAGAUAUGGAUAUAGUACCAAACAUAAAAGCUGAAGCAGGAAUAGCGGAAAGAAUAGCAGAAUGGGGUCUGGUGGUGAAGUCAGAGUCAGAUGCGGGAGAAGGUAGUUUCAAAAAUGCAGGAAAAGGAAAAGGAGAAAGAUUAUUGAUUUUAGGAGGAGAAUCGACAAGAACAUCGGAGGAAUCGAAUCAUGGGUCUGCAAGAGUGUCAUCUGCAUCAGGAGAUUUCCCAAGGGUAUCGCAAGAGUUGAAGACGGCUUUGGCCACUUUGCAGCAGACAUUUGUUGUAUCUGACGCCACUAAACCUGAGUGCCCCAUCGUGUACGCCAGCUCCGGCUUCUUUAGUAUGACCGGUUAUUCUUCUAAGGAGGUCAUUGGAAGGAACUGCCGAUUUCUUCAGGGACCGGAAACAGACCCGAAUGAAGUGGCCAAGAUUCGAGAUGCUGUUAAAAGUGGGAACAGCUACUGUGGCAGGCUCUUGAACUACAAGAAAGAUGGCACCCCUUUCUGGAAUCUUCUCACUAUCACCCCCAUCAAAGAUGACCGUAGCAAGACCAUCAAAUUUAUUGGAAUGCAGGUGGAGGUCAGCAAGUACACGGAAGGUAUUAAUGAGAAGGCAUUACGACCAAAUGGUCUGCCCAAGUCAUUAAUCCGUUAUGAUGCUCGUCAGAAGGAGAAGGCUUUAGGCUCCAUGACAGAGGUUGUCCAAACUGUGAAACAUCCACGAUCUCACACUCAAGCUACAAGUCAUGACACUACCAGCAAGCAUGAAGAACAAGAAAAAUUUGACCUUGAUUAUAUUCUGCCAAAAUCUGCUGAAAUUCAGAAUAUAAGCACACCUGGUGGACAAAUACCUCAAUCAGAUUACAGGGAUGAUGUGUCUCGCUCAAGUUUAAGCCAGGAAGCAGGCAAAAAAUCUAGAAAAUCAGGUCGCGUUUCCUUGAUGGGUUUUAGAGGGAGGUCUCUGAGCUCUGCAGAGAGGCAAGAACAGAAACCAAGUAUUGAACCAGAGGUUUUGAUGACUAAAGAUAUAGAACGCAUUGACAGUUGGGACCGCACUGAAAGAGAAAGGGAUAUACGCCAAGGAAUUGACCUAGCAACCACAUUGGAACGCAUUGAAAAGAACUUCGUGAUCACUGAUCCAAGACUUCCUGAUAACCCAAUUAUAUUUGCGUCUGAUAGCUUUCUUGAAUUGACAGAAUAUACACGCGAAGAAAUUUUGGGAAGAAACUGUCGGUUUCUUCAAGGACCUGAAACAGAUCAAGCAACUGUCUCAAAGAUAAGAGACGCCAUUAGAGCACAAAAGGAAAUCACUGUGCAGUUGAUCAAUUAUACCAAGAGUGGAAAGAAAUUCUGGAAUUUAUUUCACUUACAACCUAUGCGUGACCAAAAGGGUGAGCUUCAAUACUUUAUUGGUGUCCAACUAGAUGGAAGUGAUCAUGUGGAACCCUUGCGCAACCGCCUCUCAGAGUACACAGAGCAACAAAGUUCUAAGUUGGUCAAAGCCACUGCAGAAACUGUUGAUGAAGCUGUCAGAGAACUUCCUGAUGCCAACUUGACACCAGACGAUUUGUGGGCAAUUCAUUCUCAGCCUGUCUUUCCAAAGCCUCACAAAAAGGAUAGUCCUUCUUGGAUAGCAAUACAAAAGAUCACUGCACGUGGUGAAAAAAUUGGGCUACGUCAUUUUAAGCCCAUAAGACCAUUGGGUUGUGGAGAUACUGGCAGUGUUCAUUUGGUGGAAUUGCAAGGUACAGGUGAACUAUAUGCUAUGAAGGCAAUGGAAAAGUCAAUAAUGAUGAACCGUAACAAGGUUCACCGAGCAUGCAUUGAGAGGGAAAUCAUUUCACUACUAGAUCAUCCUUUUCUUCCCACACUCUACACUUCAUUUCAGACUUCUACACACGUUUGUUUGAUAACAGACUUUUGCCCUGGAGGAGAAUUGUUUUCCUUGCUUGACAAGCAGCCAAUGAAACUUUUUAAAGAGGAAUCUGCAAGGUUCUAUGCAGCAGAAGUUGUCGUUGGCUUGGAGUAUCUCCAUUGUUUAGGAAUAAUUUAUCGUGACCUGAAGCCUGAAAAUAUCUUACUCCAGAAGGAUGGGCAUGCCAUGCUAACUGACUUUGAUUUAUCAUUUAUGACAUCAUGUGAACCACAAAUUAUAAAGCAUCCCCUACCCAGUAAUAGGAGGAGAUCCAGGAGUCAACCACCACCAACAUUUUUUGCAGAACCUGUCACACAGUCGAACUCUUUUGUUGGAACUGAAGAAUAUAUUGCUCCUGAAAUAAUUACAGGUGCAGGACAUAGUAGCGCCAUUGAUUGGUGGGCUCUUGGUAUCUUGUUGUAUGAGAUGCUUUACGGACGUACACCUUUCAGGGGAAAGAAUAGGCAGAAGACAUUUUCCAAUAUCUUGCACAAAGAUCUCACCUUUCCAAGCAGCAUUUCUGUAAGUCUUGCAGCCAGACAGUUGAUUAAUGCAUUGUUGCAGAGAGACCCUGUCAACCGUUUAGGAUCGAAUACUGGUGCCAAUGAAAUCAAAGGACACCCUUUUUUCCGUGGAAUUAAUUGGCCCUUGAUCCGCUGCAAGAGCCCACCGCCAUUAGAUGUGCCUAUUGAAUUCAUUGGAAAAGAUCCAAAAGCCAAGGAAGUACAUUGGGAAGACAAUGGAGUGCUGGUUAAUUUUAUGGACAUGGAGAUUUUCUGAAGGAUUAGUUAUAAUGUAACAUAAAUCGAAUGAUGUUGGUCCUGCUUUUCUCUGAAGAUGGAGCUACCUCAGCUUAGAAACUAGAAAUUGCAGAUCAUAAAGGAAAGAGAAGCGGCCAUCAGGGAGGGUCCUGUAGCAUAGCAUAGUAUAUAUUGGUAGUGCUGCUGGGUUGUCUAAACUCUAAGGGAGGGGGUUAUAUCGUAUAUGAGGUAUCAAUGACAAAAUUAGCAUUUGGACAGCAUCUAGACCAUUACCAUUUUUUGGUGAAUAUCACAUGGAGAACAAAUCUUAUCAUAGCAGUUAAUAAAUGUUCUAAAUAAAGAAAAAAUUGAUGAGUAUUCAAGUUUUUUGAGAUA